CAAUUUCUUUCUUACAGUGAUUCAUUUUUUCGAAAACCAAAUCCCUAAUUUUCUGUCUCUUCAAUGGCGCCUCAGAAACUGACCGAUUACGAGCGCAAACGGCUCGAGAACAUUCGCCGCAACGAUGAAAUGAUGGCUGCCCUCAAACUCCAUUCCAAAGCUACUCAACUCUCCAACUUCAAGCGUCCAAGGGUGGGAACCAAAUCCUACAACAUGAAAUCGGAAAAGAAACCCAAAACCGAAACCCCAAUUGUGAUUAGGCGCUCCCUGCGAACCAGGGGAAUUCCGCCAGAUUCCAAAGGUCUUGACGGAGAUUCCGUGGGUCCCACCACUCCCAGAAAAACCGAACCUUCCGUUGUAAGUCUGGGUCGUAUUUCCAUGGCUGAUGCUCGAGAAAGCGAUCACUCAGAUAGCUUCUUCGUUGAAUCACUCAUGGGUAUGGCCCAAUUGAAAGCCCAAUAUGCUAGUGUUGAAAAGGGGAAAGUGGAGGCUUCCCUUGGGUUGGAAGCUCUGUAUUUGGAUCCCGAGAAUAUUGCGCGGGUUGUUCCUGGAAGGAUAACCAGUGCACGGUUUUUCCCUUCCAGUAGUGUCAAAAUGAUCGCGGUGGGUAACACGUUUGGGAAUGUUGGGUUUUGGAAUGUGGGACAAAGUGAGGUUCAUUUAUACCGUCCCCAUCGAGCUCCCAUUUCCGGGAUCUUGAUUCAACCACAUUGCUUGUCCAAGAUAUACACAAGUUGUUAUGAUGGAAUUCUUAGGCUAAUGGAUGCCGAGAAGGAAAUCUUUGAUCUGGUAUUUGAGAGUGAUGAAAGUAUAUUUGCUCUCUCACAACCAACAAAUGAGACAAACUGCCUAUAUCUUGCUGAGGGUUCUGGAGGUUUGACUAUUUGGGAUAACAGGAUUGGAAAACGUAUGUCGCACUGGGUUUUGCAUGAAAGUAGAAUUAACACAAUAGAUUUCAACUGUAAAAACCCUCAUAUUGCAGCUACUAGUUCCACUGAUGGAACUGCCUGCACCUGGGAUUUGAGAUAUACCGAUGGAGAUAAGCUCACAGCCUUGAGGACAUUUACCCAUAAAAGAUCUGUACAAUCUGCUUACUUCUCUCCUUCUGGAUGUAGCCUGGCAACUACAAGCUUGGACAACACAAUUGCUAUUUACAGUGGAGUUAACAUGGAGGAUGCAGCUGUUAUUAAUCAUAACAAUCAGACUGGCAGAUGGCUUUCUACUUUCAGCAGAGCAAAAUGGGGUUGGGAUGACUCAUAUCUCUUUGUUGGAAAUUUGAAAAGAGGAGUUGAUGUUGUCUCAGCAGUUCAAAGGAAGAUGGUUAUGACUCUAGAGAGCCAGCACAUGUCUGCCAUUCCUUGCAGAUUUGAUACACACUCUUACGAGGUUGGGAUGCUAGCAGGAGCUACAAGUGGAGGCCAGGUUUAUAUUUGGACGUCGCGCUAGGAUAGGAUGUUUAUUUAAUAUCCACUUCUGUUAUAUGUUAUAAAAUGAAACUUCUAUAGUUUCUGAUUCCAUACUGUUUUCAUGUGACAUGUGAAGUAUUUUCAAAUAUGCUAAGUACCUCUACAAGUGGAGGACUGACUUCCUCCUUUUCUAUUUCCA